AUGUAUCUUUCCUCUCUUUCAGAAGUUGGAUCUAUAGCUAUAAAAAGGAACUCCACGCGGAGAGAUUCUGCAACAGUUGUUUCCUCUUCCGUCUCUGAUAAGCACAUCAGAGCUGUUCUCUCGAGAGAGAGACGGCAUGGCGCUGUGAAGCCAAACUCUAUGAUGACCCCUGAAUGUAGCCAAGCAGAAGGAGGCGGAGUGGUUUUGGAUACCUAUGGUGAUGAAUUUGGUCAUGACCAUUUUGGCAAAAGUUAUUCCAAAAUCAAAGAUCUGAGGAGAGAAGUGAAGAUUUUGAGAGCUUUGCCUGGUCAUGAUAACCUUCCUCAUUUCUAUGAUGCUUAUGAGGAUCAUGAUAAUGUCUAUAUAGUAAUGGAGCUAUUUGAAGGAGUAGAGCUUUUAGAUAGAAUACUCUCAAGUGAUGAGAUCUGA